AUGGGCUCUUCAAUCAUACCCGCGGAGCCUCCAACACACAUCCGAAUCUUGACUUUCAAUUGCUGGGGUCUGAAAUAUAUUGCAACGUACCGUCAUGAGCGUCUAUCCGAGAUCGGACGACAACUGGCUUUGGCCAGCCCUCCACCAGAAAUAGUCGGCUUACAGGAAUGCUGGACACAAAAAGACUACGAGAGCAUCCGAGACCAAACGAGACACAUUCUACCAUACGGAAAAUUUUACUUUGGAGGCAUAUUUGGUGCGGGUUUGGCAAUUUUAUCGAAAUGGCCGAUCGAGGAGAGCAGCAUGUACUGCUACCCGCUCAAUGGACGGCCAACAGCUUUCUUCCGAGGCGACUGGUUCGUAGGAAAGGGCGUCGCAUGUGCCCGAGUCCGCUUCGGACCUGGUACAGCCGACGUCGCCGAAGUAUUCUGUACUCACCUGCAUGCCCCUUAUGAGCGUGAACCCAACGACUCCUACCUAUGUCACCGAACCGCGCAGGCGUGGGAAAUAUCCAAGCUCAUGCGCGGUGCUGCGGAGCGGGGGCACCUAGUGAUUGGUCUAGGCGACUUCAAUAUGCUUCCCUCGUCUUUUGCACAUCGAUUGAUCAGCGCCCGAAGUCCUGUUCGUGAUGUUUGGCGCGAGCUGCACCCCAAUUCUUCUCUCGCUGCCGCAAUAAACCCCAUUGAGAAAGCUAGAAACCUACCCAUUCCUUCUGCGGAGUUUAACUUGCUAGAGAAUGGCGCCACUUGUGAUGGGUCUUUCAAUACCUGGCGUUGGUCAAAAGCUUUACAGAAGCGCCUCGAUAAAGGCGAAGAAAUUACGAUUAACAAAGACGACCCGGACCCUCGCGCGAAGCGUCUGGAUUAUAUAUUCGUUGGUGAUGGUGGAUAUGCGCCCGAGUUUCCAGAGCCACGCUGGUCUGUCGAGUCGGCUCAAGUCAGUAUGACCCAGCGUCAUCCGACCCUUCGCUGCUCUUUGAGCGACCAUUUCGCCGUUGAGGCAGUCAUCACUCGCUUCCCUAUCGGAGAUUCCGUUAAAUCAGAAACGAGAUCUCAGUCUCUUCAUAGUACAGAAUCUAAACACGCCUCUCCCUACAGUGGCCUUACCGCAGAAACAUACGACGAAAUCUUCGGUAUGAUUGAUGCCUACGUAUUUCGAGAACGGUCGCAACGCCGCUGGCGCCUUGCGCAUUUCUUGUUGUCUGUGGUAGUCUCUAUCGGAUGCUUCGUCGGUGUUUGGUGGGUGGGCAGUCGUACCUACAUCGGCUUCAUCCUUAUCUUGCUUAGUACUCUGAACUUUGGAGCUGGAAUUCUGGAUGGUCUCAUUGGGGGCUUGUUCGUAUCAAGUGAGCUUCGUGCACUUAAGGAAUUCGAAUGGGAGGUGCGCAACGCGAAGGAUUUACUUCUUGCUUCUGACAAACGGGGGCAGGACAAGGAGGACUAA